CGACCCGAUUUGUCACUGGCCAUGGUGGGUAGAGAAGAAGACCACCCGUGUGGAACACGUCGGUGUCUUGCGUUCCACACUCUAAUCCCUCGCUCGCUCGCUCCUAUCUUCACAUAUCUCACCAAUUCUCUCUUCUCUUCGUGGUGGUGACUCACUUGUUGUUUGAGCAAAGCUGCGUGUGAUCAAUUUUCGUGUUCCUUCUUCGUUCCCAGCUUCAGGCACCGAGUGAGGAUGAAUUAUCAACUAUAUAUUAGAAUCUGAGACGUUAUUCUGAUCGCUGCUGUGGACUUACUUUCACGAACAAUCGAAGAUGCUCGCUGUUGUUGAAGUAGAAUAUUCUAUUUUGUAGCAAAUAUGUUCUCUUCCGAACCUUUAGACGCGUUGGAUUGGAAAAGCAUGGUUAACGUUUUCGACCUUGAAGAUAUGAAGAGCAAUUGCGACACGUUCAUUUGUUGGUAAAAGAGAGGUUGAUCUUCCGCCAUGUCUUCCCUUCAACUGUUCCAACUAACUCAGCAUGGCAGGAGUUUUCUGGCUUCAAGGAGAAAAACUUUGCUACUUGCAACUGGUAUCUUAGUUGCUGGUGGAACUACAGCAUAUGUGCAAUCAAGGUUUAGAGUUAAUAGAGAUGAUUUAUUAGGUGAUUCCUAUGAGUGCAAUAAUGAUAAAGAACUCACGAAGGAGGAGGUUAUGAAAGGAACUUCUGCACCAAAAAAUAAACAAAAGAAAGGAGGGUUGAAGUCACUUCAAGUCCUUGCUGCAAUUCUUUUAUCUGAGAUGGGCCAAUUAGGUGCAAAAAACCUUUUAGCUUUAGUUUCUAUAGUGGUGCUGCGAACCACUUUGAGCAACAGGCUAGCAAAAGUGCAAGGCUUCCUAUUUCGUGCUGCUUUUCUUCGACGUGUGCCAUUGUUUUUGCGGCUAAUUUCAGAAAAUAUUCUUUUGUGUUUCCUCUUAUCAACCAUGCAGUCUACAUCAAAGUACAUUACUGGGACUUUGAGUCUGCACUUCCGGAAAAUAUUGACUAAACUUAUCCAUUCUCGCUAUUUUGAGAACAUGGUGUAUUACAAAAUAUCACAUGUUGAUGGUCGUAUAACUAAUCCGGAACAAAGAAUUGCCAGUGAUGUGCCAAGGUUCUGUUCAGAGUUGAGUGAGAUUGUACAGGAUGAUCUAACUGCGGUCACUGAUGGACUGCUAUACACUUGGCGGCUGUGUUCGUAUGCAAGCCCUAAAUAUAUCUUCUGGAUAUUGGCCUAUGUACUCGGAGCUGGGGCUGCUAUCCGAAACUUCUCUCCUGCAUUUGGUAAACUUAUGUCCAGAGAGCAGGAAUUGGAAGGAGGGUAUCGACAGCUUCACUCACGGUUAAGGACUCACUCGGAAAGUAUAGCAUUUUAUGGUGGAGAGAGGAGAGAAGAAGCUCAUAUUCAGCAGAAGUUUAGGACCUUAGUUAGACAUAUUAAUAGAGUGCUACAUGACCAUUGGUGGUUUGGCAUGAUUCAGGAUUUUUUAUUGAAGUACCUUGGUGCUACUGUUGCUGUUAUUUUGAUCAUUGAACCUUUCUUUUCUGGCCAUCUAAGGCCUGACAGUUCAACUUUAGGGCGUGCAGAGAUGCUAAGCAAUCUAAGAUAUCAUACUAGUGUCAUUAUUUCCCUAUUUCAAUCUCUAGGAACUCUUUCUAUCAGUGCAAGACGGCUCAACCGACUCAGUGGUUAUGCUGAUCGCAUUCAUGAGUUAAUGGCCAUAUCAAGAGAGCUAAGCCUGGAGAAUGGGAAAUCUUCACUGCAAAGACAAGGAAGUAGAAAUUGCAUAAGUGAAGCUAACUAUGUUGGAUUUUAUGGUGUCAAGGUUGUGACCCCCACCGGUAAUGUAUUAGUGAAUGAUCUGACCCUUAAGGUUGAGUCAGGAUCAAAUCUUUUGAUUACAGGUCCAAAUGGCAGUGGAAAGAGCUCGUUAUUCCGGGUUUUAGGAGGUCUUUGGCCCUUGGUAUCUGGACAUAUUGUGAAACCUGGAGUUGGAUCUGAUCUUAAUAAGGAAAUCUUUUAUGUGCCACAAAGACCAUAUACUGCUGUAGGAACACUUCGUGAUCAGUUAAUUUACCCUCUUACUGUUGAUCAAGAGGUUGAGCCACUUACAGAUAGCAGGAUGGUGGAGCUAUUAAAAAAUGUUGAUCUUGAGUAUCUAUUGGAUCGGUACCCGCCUGAAAAAGAGGUAAACUGGGGUGAUGAACUUUCAUUGGGUGAGCAACAACGAUUGGGCAUGGCCAGACUUUUUUACCAUAAGCCUAAAUUUGCCAUUCUUGAUGAGUGCACAAGUGCUGUCACAACUGAUAUGGAAGAACGGUUUUGUGCUAAUGUUCUGGCUAUGGGAACAUCAUGUAUUACCAUAUCACAUCGUCCAGCAUUAGUUGCAUUCCAUGAUGUGGUUUUGUCUUUAGAUGGUGAGGGAGGAUGGAGUGUUCAUCAUAGAAGAGAGGACUCUUCUACUGAAUUGGGGAAUGAUAUGAUGAAGGCUUCGGAGACCAAAAGACAGAGUGAUGCCAAGGCUGUUCAACGAGCAUUUGCUAUGAACAAAAAGGAUUCUGCAUUCUUAAAUUCAAAGGCACAAUCUGAUAUUUCAGAAGUGAUAAUAGCAUCAUCUCCGUCUAUGAAGCGUAAUAUUUCACCAUCUGCUGUACCCCAACUUCAUGGUAAUACAAGGGCAUUGCCAAUGAGAGUAGCUGCCAUGUGCAAAGUAUUGGUGCCCACCAUAUUUGAUAAACAAGGAGCACGAUUACUUGCUGUUGUUUUUCUUGUUGUUUCAAGGACAUGGGUCUCAGAUCGUAUUGCAUCACUGAAUGGUACUACUGUGAAGCUUGUUUUGGAGCAGGAUAAAGCUUCCUUUAUUCGAUUAAUUGGUUUAAGUGUUCUUCAAAGUGCUGCGUCUUCUUUCAUUGCACCUUCUAUAAGACACUUGACUGCAAGGCUAGCCCUUGGGGGGCGGACUCAUUUGACGCAACAUCUACUCAAGAACUACUUAAGAAACAAUGCAUUCUACAAGGUAUUCCACAUGGCAAGCAAAAACAUUGACGCUGAUCAGAGGAUAACUCAUGACUUGGAGAAGUUAACAACAGACUUGUCAGGACUGGUCACUGGAAUGGUAAAGCCAUCUGUGGAUAUUUUGUGGUUCACUUGGAGAAUGAAGAUGUUAACAGGUCGGAGGGGAGUUGCCAUACUCUAUGCUUACAUGUUGCUUGGUUUGGGAUUUCUAAGAACUGUUACUCCAGAUUUUGGUAAUUUGAUUAGUCAAGAACAACAACUUGAAGGAACAUUUAGGUUCAUGCAUGAAAGACUUUGUACUCAUGCUGAAUCUGUUGCUUUCUUUGGGGGUGGUGCUCGAGAAAAAGCUAUGGUCGAGUCUAGAUUCAGGGAGCUUCUCACCCACUCCGAGUACCUUUUAAAAAAGAAGUGGCUGUUUGGCAUCCUGGAUGAUUUUAUCACAAAGCAACUUCCACAUAAUGUGACUUGGGGCUUGAGCUUAAUAUAUGCCAUGGAACACAAGGGAGACCGUGCAUCAGUAACUACUCAGGGUAAGAUAUUUCCAUUGAAUCAUUUACUCUCUUUAUAUUUCUCUUGUUGCUCUCCUCUCUCAGACAGUACUAUACUAAUAGGUGAGCUAGCACAUGCACUGAGGUUUUUGGCAUCUGUUGUUUCUCAAAGCUUUUUAGCUUUCGGUGAUAUUCUUGAAUUGAAUAAAAAGUUUGUAGAGCUCUCUGGUGGAAUUAAUCGUAUUUUUGAGCUUGAAGAACUUCUAGAUGCAGCACAAUCUGAGAAUUUCACGAGUGUUAGUGCUAUACCUCCAAUGAGGGAUGUUCAUUCCAGUGAUGUAAUUUCCUUCUCAAAAGUUGAUAUCAUAACCCCUGCUCAAAAGAUGUUGGUGAGGGAGUUAAUAUGUGACAUUAAGCGUGGGGGAAGCCUACUUGUUACUGGUCCAAAUGGAAGUGGAAAAAGUUCCAUUUUCAGAGUUCUUAGAGGACUCUGGCCAAUUGCCAGUGGAAGACUCUCUAGACCAUCUGAAGUUGUGGAUGAAGAGGAUGGAUCUGGUUGUGGCAUCUUCUAUGUUCCUCAACGGCCAUAUACAUGUUUGGGAACCCUAAGGGAUCAAAUUAUAUAUCCCCUUUCCCGUGAGGAAGCAGAGGUUAAAGCACUGAAGAUGUAUGGGAAAGGUGAAAAGCAUGCUGACACCAGAAAUUUGUUGGACUCACGGUUAAAAGUUAUCCUAGAGAGUGUUCGGUUGAAUUAUCUUCUAGAAAGGGAGGGUAGCAACUGGGAUGCCAAUUUAAAAUGGGAAGACAUUCUUUCUCUUGGAGAACAGCAAAGAUUGGGGAUGGCACGCUUGUUCUUUCACGAGCCCAAAUUCGGUAUCCUUGACGAGUGCACCAAUGCAACUAGUGUUGAUGUUGAAGAACACCUAUACGGGCUUGCAAAAGAUAUGGGAAUCACGGUUGUUACUUCCUCACAACGUCCUGCUUUAAUACCAUUUCAUUCCAUGGAAUUGCGGCUGAUUGAUGGUGAAGGUAAUUGGAAGCUUCGAUUGAUCGAGCAAUGAGUUCACUAAAGCAGUGUUGCUGCAUGGACUCUGUAUACCAUUUGAGAUGUUGACGAGUCUAUCACAAGCUGGCUGUUUGCGAGCAUAAAUUAGGUUUGCCAACAAAGGUCCAUCCUAUAUACGUUUAUUUUGAGUUUUCCAUAUUCUCCAAGAUUCAAUGUUUACUAGGGGACUAACAAACAGUUGAAAACAGCCAAAAUUGUUGAUAAUAAGUUCGAGCACACAACCAUUGCAUAAUCUCUGCAGUGUAUAGGUGAUCAAGAUGAAUCAUGUAUAGUUUUCCCCCUUUGUUCUUAGGUAGUUGAUAUUGGUUUAUAUGUUGUAGCCAUUGGAUGUAAUGAUUAAUAUUUAAAUUGUUUAAUCAAUAAAAUAGCAGGAAAGAAGGGCCCUUGGAGCUAAUUUGUUGCCUUCAAAAACUCCCAUGCUGUUGUGUAAGAUUUUUUCUUAUGUUCUUUACUCUUGUGCCACCUGAACUGCUUUCACCUCAUCCCUUGGCGUUGCCUUAAUUGUUCCCUUGUGGUCAUGUUGUAUGACUGAAUUACUCGGGCAAUAAUACGAAACUUACAAUACAAAAAAUCUAUUUCUUAGUUAAAUUUUGGAGAUUGUGCUAGAGUAGGACCUAAGCAUUCCAUUCAGUUAGAUCUUCUGGCAUACUAAUUUGUGUUUGUACUUUUUGUUGGUUAAUUAGCUAUUUGUAAUUUGGAGUACUUGAUGGUUUGUUUAA